CCGCGAAAUCAGCGCGCGCGCUUCACCUUCACUACGCGUCUUGAUAUCACCGAUUCACAACCCGGCGCGGACUGGCACAUGUCUCUCUGUCUGCUUCGACCACGUCUGGAGUUCGCGCGAGAGUGCCAUGGCGCCAAACAAACCGCGAGAAGCAUCCAUUGAGCGUACGCAAGAGUACGAGGAGUUCUUAGACAAGCUAGCGGAAUACCACAAGAAACGAGGAACAACUCUGGAACGGGAGCCCAAGAUCGGAAGUCGACAUAUUGACCUGCUGCGCCUAUACAAACGCGUUGUUGAAGAAGGGGGCUACGACAAGGUUUCGGACAAAAAGGGCAACAAACUCGCGUGGAGACGGAUUGCGGGAGAAUUCCUCCCUGGAAGCCCGAACCUGACCACCCAGGCUUUCUUGGUGAAGACCGUAUAUUACAAAAACCUCGCUGCUUACGAAAUAACGAAUAUCCACAAACGCGAGCCGCCGCCAAAGGAGAUCCUUGAGGAUGUGACCGCGAAAGGAGGUGAUCUUCUCAACAGAACUCGGGAGAAUUACUUUCGCCCUGCCAGUCGAGAAGCUGAGCGGCUGAAAACCGGGGACGAGGAUUCAGAAGAAUCAGAUGAGGACGGCGACGCCAAGCGGACACCCAGGGAAGAUAAGAUGGAUGUAGACGAUCCGGGGAGCACUGGGCGCGUUACACGAGCUUUACGCCAUGCACCUCCCCAACGCGUUCUAUUCCAGCCUGAAAUGACUACCCGGCAGACUCGCCAGUCCACUGGCCAUCAGAAUUCACCGCACUCAUACUCGAACGGGAAUUAUGGAACAAGCGGCGCCUCAAUGACGAUAGCAAAUUACGAGCCUCGUCCUGCCGUACCAUCCAGUAUGAAGCCCGUUAUUACGCCGGCGAACAAUCCAGAGCAUUUCCGGCAGCUGCGCAUGAAGUACAGCGUCAAUCGGAAAGUGGUACGAGGUCAACCCGUCAAAGGCAUGAUGCUCCCUGGCACUGGAUUCCCUGGCCCAAAUAUCUAUAUUCGUGCCCUCCACGCCCUGCGAUCAGGCGAUCCCGAGGAGCAGGCUUACGCCCUACAUCAUCUGGUCAAGAUAUCCCACGAGCGAGGUGAUAAAUACCACUUCAAUCAAUUCCCCGGACUUGCCGAGGCACUGAUCGCGAAGGUCAUUGACGUCGGAUCGAUAUAUUACGGUGUUAGAUGGGAGAUUUGUUACCUCGAAGAAGAUAUCGCCCGGCCCAAUGCACUCAACGGCCUCUUUGGAACCCGCGAUUUGCUUCAGAAGAUAAGAUCUCUGGAGACACUAGAUAUAAAGGACGGCCUAUUACCACAAGAUGUUGCGAAAGCCCUAGGUUUGGUGAAUGAGGCAGCACUCAUUCUUCGAAACAUGGUCAUGCUUACAGAAAACGCCCAUUUCCUCUCCCUAAUUUCGUCGGUCCGGGAUAUGAUCGUCAUUGCGCUCAAUCUUCCCAAUCACGCCACUGUCAUAGAGCUCCAGCAUUAUGCCCUUGAGAUUGCAGAACAGUUGACGAGGUAUUGGAUAUUAGAUGCCGAGGAUCCUUUAUAUCGCUCUCUAUUGGCUCAGCUGGAAACCUCAGAUAGGGGAAGGCUGAUCACGGCGUUGAGAGCCCUUGGCCGAAUUGCCAUGGAUUAUGAAGCGGCCAACAAGUUGCCAGGAGUUUCAAAGAAGACACUACGAUCUAUUUGCGACUUGCUACUUGUGGAAGACGAGGAAUUACGCAUUGCAUGCCUGGAUUUCCUUUACUUGUACACCGGCUUCGUCGACAACGUGGAAGUGCUCGCGAACGAAACCAAUAUCGCAGCACUUGUGAAGCAACUUGUCCAAUUGCUUCAAUACAAUGCAAUCGCAUACGAGGAACGGCGUAGCAAUAACAAGACGUCACGGUCAUCACCACCCGCGCAAGAUGCUCCUCGACUUUCUGCCGCUAUUAUCGAGCAACUAAUCACCUUGGACGAGCCGGAACGUAGCUCGCAAUGGCUUCGCACGUGCUUCGAGGAGGACUCAGCUGGAGAGAUCACCCAGAUCCACUUGUGGACGGCUUACAAUGGCGCCUUCCAGGCGAUGCUUGAAUCACAUCCUGAGAAUAAGCCGUUAAUGCCGGCCAAGGAUUUCAUCACAAAUGUUUCUUCGACAUUUGCGGGUGCGUCUGCUCAGGUUAUCGCCACGAACCAACAGCCCAAGUACACUAUCCGCGGCAUACGACCACGUUCCACACCUGUCGAUCCCCUUACAAAGAAGCCAUACAUGCGUUGUUGUUGGCAUUCCCCCAGCAGGAUCAAUGGAUUUACCGACACAAGGCAUUCCACCCCUAAGAUCGAGUGCGGAGAGUUUACCACUGGCGUUAAGGCGAUGUGGGAGCACAUACUCUCGGCACAUUUGAGAAUCCCAAAGGAUGAAAAUGGCAAGUGGAUAUUGGAACAGAAGCCGAAUAUCAACGUCGAGAACGGCAAUACGGUGGCUGUCACUGCAUCCCAGAAGUACUUUUGUCAUUGGGGCGGAUGUGAGCACUUCAAUCCCAAGGGCACCCAAUCCGCAUACGAAAUCGGUCAGCAUGUGAAGACUCACCUUCCAGAGACGGGCCUAACACAGUCGGUCCAUGCCAAACACAACCGCACGCCAUCGAACUCCAUCCUCCUCUCCACCUCUGCUCAAGUUCGGCACGAGAACUUCCAACCUCAAUUCUCACAGCCUGUCGGCCUCGGGAGUUUAGGCAUGGGCCCACGUUACAGCGACUACAACCACAACCGCCACGCCACUGAGAGCCGGCAGAAGGAACCUGCUCCUCCCCCAGCGCCAGCGCCUAAUCUCCGCUACUUCAACACAGUAAGCGAUGAGACAACACAGCAAGACGCCGCCGGCCUCCCACUCGCCGCCAUCCUCGUCCUACGAAACCUCGCGCGCCAACUCGGAAAACUGAACCCUCCGUCCUCCGUCUACGAAAUCCCGGACUCUCCAUCGGAUUCCAAGCGGAAGCGUGACGGUAGUCCCGACCAUCGACGCAGCUUCGGCUCGAAGAAGCCGCGUUUGAGCGACGCUCAGAGGGAAGCGCAGCGCGAUAGCGAGGAGCUUGCCGAGAAGGAGGUAGAGAGUGUAGGGUGGGUGCCUAGGGUGUUCGCGCCGGUUAAGGAGCAGUUGUUCUGGGUGGCGGCGCAUAAUUUGACGAUGCGGAAUUAUAUGGGGAAGUUGUUGACGGCGAUUGCGGCGGGUGGGGGAUGACAGUGAUUGACUCAAAGGGAUAGAUGGGUGCCUUAGGAGGGUAUCUGCCUGUGUUUUUGGGCGUUUUGAGGGCUUGGUUGCUUCUGGUCGCGUACGAUGGGCGAGACGUAAUGUUUCCAGGGAGUUGAGGGAACUGUUCUGAGGAUAACAGGAUGAAGGUUUGCGAUGACCUUCGGCGGGACAUGGCAUAACUCUGUCGAGAAUGUAUCACUGUAAUACUUUAUUACUAUGGUUCAGCAUGUUUGUUAUAU